UACAUAUAGAGAUAAAAUAAUAUCAUUACAAAAUAAACAAAGUUUAUAAAUAAUUUUUGUUUUUGUUAACUAAUAUACAUAAUUCAAAAUGAAAGAAACAGAUCCAAAUCAAAUUUCGCCUGAAAUAUGGGAAAGCUGGAUAUUAGAAGCUAUUGCGAAAAUUCGUAGUCAAAAACAGCGUCCCAGUAUACAAAGAAUAUGUCAAGCAAUUGGUAGUCAUCAUAAAUUUCAUGAAGAUAUUGUUGCUGAAAAAUUAGAAGAAGCUGUUAAUUCAGGUGCUGUUAUUAAAGUUUAUAAUAAAGGUUUACAUUCAUAUAAAGCGCCAAUGGCAAAACGUUUACUUAAAGUUGAAGCGAAUUCAAACUUAUGUAAAAUUGUUUCAAAAGCUGUUUAUGAUUUAGGUGAAUGUGAAGGUUCAACAAUUAAAAGUAUUGAAAAUUAUGUUGAAAAAUUUAAUAAUAUUGAAUUAGCACCGGAUGCUGAUUUAAAAACUGUAAUAUCAAAUUCGUUAAAGAAAGCUGUUUUAGCUGGUUAUUUAAUAAUAGGUGAGAAUAAAACAUAUAAAAAGGGUGCAAAAUCAUUAACAUCACCAAGGAAACCAGCUAAAAAGAAAGAAGAUAAUGAUAAUACAUCUGAUCCAGUUAUCGAUGAUAAAUUAAUAUGUUCACAAUGCUCUGGUAAUGCAUCACGUAAUCAAAAUGGUGUUUCAGAACCAUUAAGUUGUUGUAGUAGUUGCGGUAUGGCAAUUCAUACAACAUGUGCUAAUAUUGCUGGAAAAUGUCAGUCUCAAGUAUUAUUGUAUAUGUUAACUGUUAAAGGUACCAAAUGGUAUUGUCAUAAAUGCAGAGACUGUGAUGGAUGCAAAAAAGAUAUUAACGAAAAAGGCCCUUGUUUAUUAGGCUGUUGUUUUUGUGAAAAAAAUUUUCAUUUAACAUGUGCUAAUCCAGUGCCUGAUAAAAAGCCAAAGUGCCCAUGGAGAUGCAAUUAUUGCUUGCAACAUCAUGAUAACGUUAAACAAAAAACUGGACGUAAAACUGUGAGUGAGGCAAAUGCAGUUAGAAAGAAAAUUACAAAAGCACGCGAACCAACAGCUGAGAAAAAAAAGAAAAUAUCUGAAGUAUUUGCUUCUUUACCAAAUUCAUUACCAACAUCAUUUUCAUCGCAAACUGCAACAGUCAAUACUUCUUCAGUUGCUCCACAAGCUACUCCAAGUCAUAAUCGUCAAAAGUCACGUGUACCUCCAACUAAUCUUUCGGAUUCAGAUACUGAUGAUGAAAAUAACAAGAAACCUGUGGCUAAUAGUGUCUAUCAACAACAAAAAGUUAUAGGUGAUCGAAAGAAGACAUCGCAAUCACCGUUAUUAUUAUCAUCACAAGGAAGUAGUAAUAGUAAUAGUUUUCAAAAUAUGCCACAAUCCGACAAAAUGUCUAAAGAAAAGCAAAAAUUUUUCCGCCAUUCUGCAUUUAAUAGUGAUCGUGUAGUUAAUAAAUUACCACCCACCAGUAUAGCAUCAACUAGUAAACAUAGGGGUGGUAGUCGGGUAAUAACAGUUGAAAAAGCUCGACAAAAAAAUGAAAACCGUGUUAAAACUUUAUCUGAAACAUCAUCUUCAUGUAGCUCAAGCGAAAAUGAAGAAGAAGAGGAAGAAGAUGAAGAAGAUGACAACGAUUCUGAUUCAACAUCAUCAUCAUGUUCCUCGAGUAGUUCUGAUGGCUCUGAUAGUUCCAGUUCAGAUAGUGAUGAUUGCUCUUCGACAUCAGAUAGCGACGAAGACGAUACGGAUAAAACGGGAUCUGAGGUUUCCGUGACAACUAAAGCAAAGUCUAGUAAAUCAACGAAAUUAAGGGGAGCAGCUGGAUCUGGUACAGAUUCUGCAACAAGUUUAAAGUCAAAUUUAUUUCAAACAUUUGGACUAAACGUCAAAGAUGAAAAUUGGGGAUUUGCAGCUGAAGCUAAGAAAAAUGUAGAUAUAUUUUCAAGUAACAGCAAUAAUGCGGGAAAAUCACCGAUAAAUUCCUGUGAUUCAUUUAAUGCGGCUAAUAACAAUAAAAGUUGUACAACUCCUACAAGUGCUAGUCCUAAAAUGACUUCCCGCAGCAAAAAACAGAAAGAUUCCCAAUUGAAAGGUUUAUUUGAUGGCUUGUCUCACAUGUUUACUACUUCAGACUAUUCUAGGGCAAGUAUAAAAAACAAAGAAAAAGAGAAAGCGACAUCGCCAGCACAACUAUCACCAUCUUCAACAAGAAACUCGACGUCAACUCCAGAAACUGGAAAAAAAGAAAUUCUCAAAGAAACUCGUAGUACAUAUAAAGAUUAUGAAAAACAAAUUUUAGAACAAAAGCAACAACAGCCACAGAAGCAACAAUUACAAAACCAAUCACAACAACUGCAAAAUCAAUCUCAGCAAAAGCCUCAGCAACAACAAAAUCAAUCGCAGCCAAAUCAAGAACAUCAACCACCAGACCAACAAUUAGCACAAUAUAAACAGUUAACAAAUCAGCAACAACAACAAACGCAACCACAACUUGUUAGUAGAAAAAAAAAGUCAAAUGUAGUUAACAACCAACAAAAUAUUGAAUUAAGUGAAAUUACUGAAGAAGAAAGACAUUUAAAUAAAGUAAAAACCUCAAAAAAUAUUCCAGAUUCAAAUGUAUCAUCGAAUGUUUUUGUACCUUCCACAAAUUUAAGUAAUCGAACACCAAUUUCGCUUCAACCGUUGAGUGUUCAAAAUUCUCAAGCAAAUGUAAUCAGUACUAAUAACUCAGUUAAUUCCCAAGGCACUAGAAAACAUGUUGUGGCUCUUACAUCUUUACCGUUGGACAAAAAAGCAAAAUCAGCGGCACGACACGAUAGCGAUGAUGAGGUACCCUAUUUAUCAAAGAAAACAAUACAAAAAUCGCAACAACUUGAAGAAAAGUAUGCAAGUGGUGUUAACCCGGAGUCUAAAGAAAAUAUAGCUUUUAGUACCGGGGGUUUUUCUAACUUUGACAAUUCACAACAACUAGACUUUGCUACAUUGAGUGAAAAAAGUAAUCAAAUAAACAUUUUUGGAAUGACGGCAAUGAAUGCUGCAAUCGCGCCCUACAACAACAAUGCUGUUAUGGAAAAUCAACCUUUACCACCUGGAGUUAAGGAGCAAGAUGUUGAAAUGUAUAAAUUAAUUCGAGAAAAGGCAGCCAAAGCUGUAGCUGAAAUCAUGAACCCUGGGGGUCGUUUAAACUUGGCAGUUCCUGGUUUAAAUCCUACCCUUUUAAGCCCAACCUCGUUAGCAAUUGUUGGUCAGGAAAGAUGUCCUGCCGCAAUUGAAUUCGGAAAAUGGGAAAUAGAAACUUGGUAUUCCAGCCCUUUUCCUCAGGAAUAUGCGAGAUUGCCAAAAUUGUUUCUUUGCGAAUUUUGUUUGAAGUACACUAAGAGUAAAGCAGUUUUGGAAAGACAUCAAGAUAAGUGCUGCUGGAGGUACCCACCUGGCACUGAAAUUUAUCGCUGCCACGAUUUAUCGGUAUUUGAAGUAGAUGGAAAUGUGAAUAAAAUUUAUUGCCAAAACUUAUGCCUUUUGGCUAAAUUGUUUCUGGACCACAAAACAUUAUACUAUGAUGUUGAACCAUUUUUGUUUUAUGUUUUAACUAAAAACGAUCGAAAAGGAUGUCAUUUGGUUGGAUAUUUUUCAAAAGAAAAACAUUGUGCGCAAAAAUACAACGUUUCUUGUAUAAUGACAAUGCCUCAAUAUCAACGUCAAGGUUUUGGACGAUUUUUAAUCGACUUUAGUUAUUUACUAUCUCGUGAAGAAGGUCAAGCGGGUACUCCAGAAAAACCAUUGUCCGAUUUAGGAAGAGUUUCUUAUCAUGCUUAUUGGAAAUCGAUAGUUUUAGAAUAUUUAUACAAACAUAAGGAUGAAAAAAUUUCUGUACGUGAUAUAUCAAAGCAAACUGGACUAAUGAUAGCUGAUAUAGCAUUAGCGUUUCAAUUAUUAAAUUUUGUUAAAGUUAUUAAACUAGAAGGAGAUAUUCGUUAUCAAAUUAAUUUUGUUAUUGAUUGGCAAAAAGUAGAUUCCCAUCAUGAAAAAGUAUCAGCAUCCAAAAAUAGAAUUCCAAUUGAUCCAGAAUGUUUGCGAUGGACUCCUUUAUUAACAAACAAUAUAAUAUUAAAUUCACUUAUUAAAAGUACUAGUACAAGUUCUGAAGAUGAAAGUUUUAACGAAAAAAUGCAAUUAAACAACAAUAACCAAAUUUUAGUAAACGAUAUGAAAAUUACCAAUAUUUCAAAUAAUAAAAUUAAAAAUCCGAAACAAAAUCAGCAAAUAUUUAGCACACCAAAUAUAAAAAAACAAUCAAAACAAACCAAAUUAGAAAAGUUUAUGGAAAAUAAAACCAAUAAGUCUGAUGAAAAAUUAUUUAAUAAUAAAAAUGAAAACUGUUUAAUUGCGAAUAACAAAACUGAAUUAAUGUCUAUGUCAAAAACCUCAACAAAAGCCAAAGAAAACAUUGCAAAGUUCGGAAAACCAAAAGAUAGUCUCAAUAAGAAUAUGUUAGGGUUAUGCGAUAAUGUCCCUAAUAACAAAGCAAAAAAAUUAAAGGACUCGCUACAAAGAAAUGUGUGUUUGGGAGAACUAAAAGAUAAUAGCAAAAUAAGCCAAAUAGAAGAAAAUGUGGAAAAUGUAGAAUAUAAAAAAAGAAGACUAUCUAGAGCGAAAUCUGUAGCGCCGGAGAUAAUGGGUAGAUAUAAUUCUUCCGAUUAUUCUUCAGACUCUCCAAAUGUGGACACCCAAGAUUCAGUGAUUUCUCCUAACACCUUACUGGAAAGACGAAAAUCUCUAACAGGGUAUGCACUACGAACGAAUUCAGAAGCAAGUUCAAAACGAGAGUCGGAAUUUCUUUCAAAGGAGAAGAGAAAAUCUACAGCAGUUCGCGAGAUACGCUUACUAAAUGAUAUAACAGAAAAAAAUAGUUGUGUUAAAACAAAGAUAUCAGCAACAAGACAAAGAAGAAAAUCAUUUAGUGCGAACUUGAUCUACAACAAAGAAUUAGUUAAAGAACAACUAUCAGAAAAAGAGUGUGCAAAGGUACAGAAAACAAAGCAUAGAAAAGAAUCAAAGUACGAGUGUCAUGAACAAGAAACCAUACGUCAUCACAAUGUAGAAACGUUCGGGGAAAAUAAAAAUAAUGAAAAUCAAAAUCAGUGCGAAUCAAAAUCGCUGAAAGAUAGAAGGAAGUCUAUUUAUUCUCCAACGGCCAUUGACGAGGAGGAAACCCAUAUACCAACUUUAAGUGAAAGACGGGCUAAAAAAAGUAUGUUGCAAGAACAGCAGCAGCAAUAUUCUGACGCAGUUAUGUCGCAACAUAACAGAUCAAGUAAAAGCAAACGCAAGUCGCCAAAUUUAAGAGUCUCAAGUCACCAAAGCCAAUCUCAAGAAGAUAGAAUAAUUGAAACAACCUCGUCAGGCCGAAAGCGAGUUCGACCAAUGAAAUUCGAAGAAACGACAUAUUCUGAUUUGAGAACACACAGAUCGAUUGAAACAACAAAGUUCCAUGAUGAUGCAAAAAAAUCUAUUGAAGAGUCGAAUCCGUUAAUCUCAAGAAAUCAAAAACGUAAGCGCGGCAGUUCAAUGGGUAAUUCUUUAAAUGAUAAUAAUUUAAAUAAAGAAGAUGAAGAGCAACUGAUUCCGCCUAUGAAGAAACAUGCAUCCGAAGUGAAUUCUGAUUUAUCACCGAUCCCGAAACAGAAGAAAUUCAGUCGUCGCAGUAAUUUGGAAAUUCUUACUUCUGACGCUUUUAUGAUGGCAACUUCGACCCCUCUAAGAAGUAUGAGACAGAGGACAUCGAUUGCAUCGACAGAAAUAGUUGCAGCAACAGUAGAAGCCACUAGCACUCCCGAAAAUAACAUAGGUAGCGGUAAUCGCAAAUCUCUCAGAAGUUCAGUCGUUAAUAACAAUAAUAAUAACAAUAAUAAUAAUAAUAAUAAUAACAAUAACAAUAAUGAUAACAUUAAUAAUUACAAUAAUAAUGACAAUAACAAUUAUAAUAAUAAUAACAACAAUAACAACAACAAUAAUAGAAAUAUCAAUAUUCAUAAUAAUAAUAUUAACGAUAAUAAUAACAACAAUAAUAAUAAUAAUGACAAUAAUGAUAAUAAUAAUAGCCUUAAUGAUGAUAUAAUAGUAAUCGGUAAUAAUAGUAAUAAUAAUAACAACAGUAACAAUAAUAAUAAUUCCGUUAAUAACAUCAGCAAUAUUGACAAUAGUAAUAAUAAUAAUAAUAAUAAUAAUAAUAAUAAUAAUAAUAAUAAUAAUAAUAAUAAUAAUAAUAAUAAUAAUAAUAAUAAUAAUAAUAAUAAUAAUAAUAAUAAUGGAAAUAAUGACAAUAAUAAUAUUAGUGAUGUCAACAGCAGUAACAAUAAUAUAAAUAUAAUUACCAGUAAUCAUAGUAACAAUAAUAACAAUAGUAAUAAUACAAAUACUCUUGACUCGGAAGAAAAUCAACCUGAAACUUCUUCUUUGGAAGUUACAACGGGAUCAUCCCGAAUGAAUAUGCGUUCUAGGCGCUUGGCGACUCGUCAAAAUUCUCAACCAAUACAAGAAAAGAUCGAAACAAGAUUGGGUUCGUUACCUACACGAAAUGUUGAAUCUCCUAAUCCCACAGCAAGCGGGACAGUUAGGAGAGAAUCGGUCCGCAGGAAGGGAGUGCAAAAAAUUUCAGACUCAGUAACUAGCGAAAUGUUAGAAGGAAGUGAAAACAAGAAUGAAACAAAAUGUGAUGUAAACAAAAUUGUUCUCUCUAUUGCUAAAAAAGAACCUGUAGUAGUUUUAAAAGAUCUUUCUCCAUCUCUAGCGAAACGUGAUAAUACAAACAAAAAAGGUUUAACAACAGCUGGUAGCGAUUCUUUAGCUACAACAAACAUUGUAUCGAAAAAGGUCGCUGCAGCAAACGCGCAUCGUAAGAAAGAAGAAAAUGCUUUGCAAAAACAAGGAACGGAUAGUAAGAAAGAAGAACUCCUAACCGCACCCCUACCUAUGAAAAAAGAAAUUUCAAGUGCCUUAAGUAGUGGUGAAAAUUUGCCUUCGCCUUCUGUGAAUAUAACAAAUAAAAGAAAACGUUUUGUAGAACAGCACCGAAACCGAUCUUCAAAUCGUCUUGCUGCCGCAGCAGCAGCCGCGGCUUCAAACACUAUUUCAUCAGAAGAUGAUAAUCACGAUUCGCAAACGUCACCGUCACCUUUAAUAUCAUCAGCUCCUAAAAAGCAGGCAACAAUUCGAGAAUUAUUUGGAAAAAGUGUAUUUUCUAAAAACGAAUCUGUUAAUCUACCUGAAACGCAAAAGGAAGGAGAAAAAUCUGAGGAAAUAAGUUUAGAUACAGAAGAAUCCAAUAACGCGGAUGAAAAUGUUUUAAAAGAAAGUAAAUCUCAACCAGCGGUCAGUAGUACUCUCACUUGCGAAGCAGUUCAAAAAAGUGUUGAACAAUCCUCUGUAGAUGCGCCAAUAACCACGUCUAAUUCGAAUAUAAAAUCAGAAAAACCAAUUAACACUGCUCCAAAAUUAAGGGGUAAAAAGGCAUCAAAUCAGAGAUUGGACCUAGUUCAAGUUGAUAUACCAAUCAUAAAUAACUCUUUAAAUCAAACAGAGUCACAGUCUGAAGAACAAAUGCAUCAACUUGAAAAUAAACUUCAACAGAGUGAAGUCUCGGUAUGCCAAGACAAUGAUUCUAGUUCAGUUUCAAUUGAUGAAACCGACAAAAGCGACAAAAAUGAUUGUAAGGCUGCAUUAUCAAGCUCAGAAAUAAUAUUUACCUCCCCAACAAAAUCUAUGUUGGGUAUCACUUCAGAAACAGCUGAUAAUAAGGUGUUAGAAGCGGUAGCUAAGAAAACCAAAAAAUCUAUGAUCAGUAAUGCACUAAGAAGUAGCACAACAAAUUUCGGAAAUAUUCCACAACAACAAAACUCAAAUCAAAUACAAAGUUCUUCUCAAAAUAAAGUGGAUAUUAAACAUGAAUCUCAAGAUAAAAACGACAAGCCUAUUGUGUGGGAGAAAUUCAUACCCCCAAUAUCCCCAGAAAAGAUUGUUUCUAAUAACAAACCUAAAGCAGAUAACGAGGAACCAAAUGUAGGAAAAAGUACAGACAAAAUGGAUUUCAAUGUUGAGACAAAGUCAAUAGAUAAUGAAAGUUGUGCUGAGAAUAGAACACCAACCACGAUGUCUGAUGGUGUUUUGAAAAUUAAUGACAAAUUAAUAAACAAAAAUAAUUUACAAGAAUCUCAGAUCAAAGAUUCCACAGAGGAAACAAGUAAAGUCCCCCAACAAAAAAAUUCAAAUAAUGAACAACAUAAUCGUCCAAAUGUUAUCAUUGAUACUCAAUGUUCGAAUUCGUCAAAGCAACAAUUAAAUGAGGAAAAUCAAAUUUACAAUAAAGAUAAUAAUUUUUAUAACCGAAAUAUUCAAGAAAUACAAAAGAUAGAUUUAACGAAAACUGAUUCUGGGGAUUCUAGAGAUUCUGUAGAAUGUAACGGUGUUAUGUCAAAACCAAUUUCGCCAACAAAAGUACAAGAUAAUACGAAAGAAAAUAAUAGUAAAAAACAAAUUCAUGAAACUGUUCCAAAAAACGAGACAAGUGCUGCCAAACCGCUAAUGAUGGCAGAAGAAAUGAGAACUUCACAGUCCAGAAGCGGCGAGGGCAGCAGCAGCAACAACAUCAGCAACAAUACCAACAACAACAUGAACAACAUCAUGAACAACAACAUGAACAACAACACAAACAACAACACAAACAACAACAAAAACAACAACAGCACAACCAGCAGCAACAACAACAGAAAUACUCACAACAACACAAUAAACAACUCGAGCAGCAAGGCCAACAACUCCGCAAGCAACAAUGGCAGCAGCAACAUCGGGAACAACAGUUGCAGCAACAACAACAACAACAACAGCAAUCACAAUGCGAAAAGUGGCAGCAACCCACCCAGCGAAUCCAACAACAACGUGAGCAUUGGCAACAACCCCAGCAACAGCAACUACAAUAUGAACAACAGCAAUGUAAACAGCAACAAUCUCAAUCACAACAAGGGGAUCAAUGUGACAAACAGCAACAACAAUUAUUGCAAUACGAGCAGCAGCAGCAGUACGAACAACAACAAAAACAACAACAAUUCAUGCUCCAACAAUACCAGCAAAAUACCAGAGCAACCUAUGGAACUUUCAAAAUCAAACGAUGCGUCGUCGUUGUCGACAGAAUCAUUUGACGUCAACAAACUACAAGGUAUAAAAAAUGAAGCAAAAUCUAACAGUGAAAACAGUUCGGUUAUUAAAGUAGUUCAAAACGAUAUGGCAAUAUCGAUUCCGACAAAAACUAAUACUGACGAAUGCAAUAUUUUAGAUCAAAACGAUAACAAAGAUUCAUCAUCAUCCAGCAAAAAUUCAUUUACUGAAUCAAAUAAUCACUCGAUUAAGAGUACGUCAAAUAGUAAUUCGCAAAACUCGCAGCAAAUACACUUAACAAAAUCUCAUCAAACGGUCAAUUCCAAACCAGAAAUUGAAAUACCUGAAAUAGACCUUACUAAAACUAGUGACUGUGAUAUUCAAGAUAUUGCAUCAAAUUUAGAUGAUGACGACGUUCAAGAAAUAGAAAGUAAAAACAUUCAACAAACGCAACCAUCACAGCAAUUUCAUCAGACUCAACAGUUUCAACAACAACAACUCCCUUUUAAUCCAUUGAAUUUACAACCAACAUCUUGUGCAUUUGAGGCUAAACAACAACAAUUAAUGUUGCAAAUGCAAAUGCAGCUGCAGCAGCAAGAGUUAGAAAAGAAAAACGCGGAAUCAAUAUUCAAAAAACAACAACAGCUUUUGCAGCAGCAAUCAACCGAUAGUAAGAAAACUGAAAAUGCCAAUAAAAAUUUAUUACAUUCGUCUUCAUCAAAUCCUGGGAUGUCUAAAUUAUCAAAUCAUGGCAGUGGUUCCAACAAUAAUGUUUCUAAUUCUAACAUAAUAUCACAUUCUGAUCAGUUAAAGAAGUUGUCUAAUAGCACAAAUUAUUCAACUAGUUCUGGUAACAGUUCAAGUUUAAAACAAUCCGAACACUCACUUUUAUCCUCCUCCUUAGCUUCCGGUAAACAACAAAGUUCUCACAACUCUGCUAUUGGUUCGAAUAACACGAGUUCUGUCACAUCAGGUACUGGUUCAGUAGGAGCUGCUCGUCAUGAAAAAUAUCAAUCAAAAAACAUUCAAAAUUCUUCAUCAAACCUCGAAAAUCCAUUUAACCAACAAAAACAUGCAAUUCAACAGCAACAUCAUCAGCAACAACAACAACAACAGCAGCAACAACAACAGCAACAACAGCAGCAACAACAAAUGGUUAUGGAUUUAAAUAAAAUUGCCCCACAGUUUGCCGCUAUGAAUCAUUUACCAAAUUAUCAUACAACAGCCCAAUAUUGGCAAUGGGAAAGUUACUAUCAAUCAUACAAUUUUCCAAAUUUGGAUACGGGUGGUUCAAAACAAACUCACAAAAAUUUGCACAAAGAUUUGGCCACUUCAAUGGCUUAUAAUAAUUUCCAAAAUCUCUACACGGCUCAAAUGCAACAACAACAGAUGCAUAACAUGCAACAAGUGGCAAGUGUCCAACAACAACAACAACAAGCACAACAGCAAAUGCAAAUGCAACAACAACAAACACUCAAAGAUAAAUUACAAAAAACUGAACGUAAAAUAAAUUCUAUGAAUUCUGAUGUAAAUAAACAAAACAAUAACAAUAAUGUUAAAAAAGAACAAGAAAAAUCGAGAGAAUUAUCUUGCAAUUUUUCCAAACAGCAACAACAGCAACAUCAGCAUCAUCAGUUCAAUCAAUUUUCUAAUAAGCAGAAUAAUUCAUCUAAUAAUCAAAAUAUUAAUAAGAGUCAAAAAAACAACAACGUUGACCAAAACCAACAUAAGCAGUCCACGAGUUCUUCCAGUGCAAGUUCUAUGCAACAUAUGACUAAUUCUUCGAUGCAUCAAAAUAAUCAAAGUAAUAUAAAUAUAAUUACUAGUCAAUUAAGUCAGCAACAGCAAAAUUUGCUCUCUGCCAGCAAAUCGAAUAAUUCAAAUAAUUCUUCCGAAAGAAACAGUGGGGGUCAAAACUCACAACAAUCAUCGGAGCAAAUGUCGGGUAACUCUACACCAAACUUAGACCUUAAACACACUCCUCCAUCAUCAUCUUCUGAAAUGCAAUCUAUGGGCGUCUACACUCCAGAUUCUACGACAAAUUCUGUUCAUAGUUUACACCAUUACAAUCAGUGCGAUCUUGAUGUAGCGCAAUUAGGGUUGGAAUCACCCGCUAGCAUAGCUUCGGAUAUAACGUCACAAAAUUCCGUAGAAAACGUUAGACCACCUAGCGUUCAAAUACAUCAGCAAUUUUCAGAUUGUUCUAUGCAGCAGAAUCAAGGCAGUACCGGUUCUAUACAUAUGAACAUUCAGCAACAAAAUCAUGCAAAUGUGAUGAACGUCCCUACAUCAAGUUCACAAAAUAUGAACCUAAUGAAUGUGUCCAAUAAUAUGCAACAACAACAAAAUCAACAGAGUAGAAAAUUAUCGCAACAGGUUCGUGGUGGGUCAGCAAGCUCUCAACAAAGGUCAACAACACCAAAAAUGAGUCGGGCUUCAAACAAUGGGAACAGUGGUUCAAACAAUGCACAAAACCAGCAACAACAACGUCAAAGAAGUGCAACUCCAGCAACAAAUCAAAUGACUAGUCCAAGUCAAACCAUGCAACUUGCGGCCCAACAACAACAGCAACAGCAAAAUUUAUUAAAUCAAAAUUUACAGAAUAUGCAACAGCACAUGCAACAAUAUGGUCAUUUAUCUGGGACUAUCUCUUCACAUGGUCAUCAUCACCAAAAUAUGCAGACAGACUACCUAAUGGGACAGGGCUAUAACUCCAACUCGCCAAAUUCUUAUAGCCCAUCUCAAAUGGCAUCAGUCAUACAGCAUAGAAUGUCUUCAAAUAAUAAUAAUGGAAAUUCAGGGAAUUCAGGAAGUUCUAAUUCAUUAACAGCACAACAUCCGCUAUCUAGUCCACAUCAUCAAAGGUUAGGUACUUCACCAUCUUCAUGUGCAGUAUCUUCUGCAGCAGCCGCUGCUGCAUGCGCUGCUGUACAAGCUGCAAACAAUUUUUACCUGGGAAAUAGUGGUCAUCCAGCUCAAUCACAAACUCCAAUUCCAUCUAUGGCAAGUUCAACGCCUACACCAUCUGUUACGCCUACAUUACAACAAAUGAAUGCCGUGGCAACCGCAGCCGCGAUAGCUGCAUUGCAAGGAGGAGGACAAUCAAAUACAAAUGGUGCCGGUGGAAGUAAUCAAGGAGCUAGUAAUAACAGUCAAGGGGGAGGAGGAGGAGGUGCAACUACAGGAGGAGGAUCCGCUUUACUUGGUAAUAUGUGUAGUCUUUCAAAAUUACAACAAUUAACAAGUGGCUUGGAUGUUCAACCAUGUAAUACACCACCAGGUUCUACAGGUAGUGGAAGUGGAUUAGUUUCAAAUUUGACGCCAUCUCCAAAUCAUCAUCCGCAUGUAACAAUGACACCACCACCCUCAAUGCAUUUGGGUUCUUCUUCAUCAUCAGGUGGUAGCGCAUCAUCAUUAGGACAUCAUCAACAACGUCAGCUGACAACACCCCCAGCAAGUGGUACAUCACCUUCAUCAGCUGCCGCAGCUGCCUUACAAAUGCAACAUUAUCAAAAAUAUUAUGCUGGAAAUAUGAAUAUGGGUCCAACAUUAGCACAAUUAUCACAAAAUGCAAGCCGUACAGCACGUAAUACACCAUCAGCUCCAGUUCAACAUAUGACUUCAACAGGAAGCUCUAGCAUUGCUCCAACAUCUCGUAGUCCAAAUGUUGCAUUAAGUACAAAUUUAAUGUCACCGUAUGGUACUCUAAAUGGUUAUCGUAUGACAACACAACAAACGCCAGCUGGUUACAUUACAAAUCCUGCUGCAGCUGCAGCUAGUUUUAUUAAUAAUCCAGCUGCACAAAUACCUGUUCAAAUGGGUGUUAUGAAUAUGCAAUCACAAUAUCAAGAUCCAACUGCGAUACAAAGAGCAGCACAACAAAAUUCUAUGUAUUCUGGUUAUCCACCAUAUAUAUCAAUGGGACGUAGAUAGGAUAGAUGAGUUGUUAAGAGAGAGGAAGAAUAAAUUUGGAAAUUAAUAUGCAUAUAAAAAAUAUAUAUGAAAUCAUAAAAAAAAUCAUAAAAAAUUAUGAAUAAAAAAGAAUGUCCAAAUUUAUUCUUUACUCUUCACUUAACAACUAGUAAAUAAAAAUAAGAAUAAAUCAAACAAAUAUAAUACAUAUAUACAAUGUAUAAUAAAAAAAAAAAAACUAGUUCUAAUUAAAUAAGCCACAAAUGAAAAACUAAAAUAAAAUUAUAUUUUUUUAGAAAUCAAAGUAAGAAAAAAACUGUUUUUGUAAGUAAUUUUUUUAUUUUUUUGUUUGGCUAUUAUAUAUAUGUAGACCCAAUUAGAUGGAUUAUAUAAUAU